CGCUCAGACAUCAACAUGCAUUUCUUCGGAAGACAUCCGAGGUAGGCACACAUUAUUAAGAAUCCAGCAAUUCCGGUCUCCAAAAUGAAGUACCUAUUGGUUUUCUGUUUAGUUGUCUCGGCUUCUUAUGCAGCCAUAGAUGAACAAAGGAUUUCGCUCAUAGAAAGAAAGUUUGAAGAUUUGGCAAGGCAACUUAUGUUAACCGAACUGGCUAUGGGAGAACGAACACGAUCCAACUACGAUUCUGGAAUCAAGCAGAUCCGAAGUACAGCUGAUGGUACAAAAUCGUAUUUAGAUGAAACUCAUACAUUCAACUCAGUUUGUUCUAUUCAUGAACACUCUAACAAUGACAGAACCGUUGGUAUGGGUGAAUUCACUGCUAACCUUAAUGGUGUAGAAUUUAGAACAAGACACAAUGACUAUAGACUAAUGAUGCCCCAUAGAAGAACGAGGGCCUAUCAUGCUCUACAAGAAAUUCCAUUACCACCUACUCCCCCUUCAGUGCUUCAAAAGCGUACAUUACCGGAACAAAUAAAGGAAUUGCAGAAUUAUUUUAGAGCAUUCUCCUUCCAAAACUUUCACUUCAGAGACUACCGUCCAUAUUUCAAACCUGUAUUAUGUUACUUGGAAGGAACAUGGACCGUCGAUACCAAAACGCUAAAUGAACCAUUUGAAAGCGAUCGCCAUCAUAUUGAUGCCACAAGCUGGUUCGACUUACAAGAAAAGAUCAGGUUUACAUCGUAUACUGGGGGGAAACACUACUUAGAAAACUUUUCAUACUUGCCAACAACUAUUAUGAACAUGGUAAAUGGAACACCCGAGUAUGCACAAUGGAAUUACAGAAUACUUUGUCAUCCAUUGAAGAAAGAUUUGCCAUUAUCUGCUAUGAAGCCUGUUGACGAUAUGGCGGCUAGAAUUGGCCACAGAUGGAAUAUAACAAGAUUUGCCCAUUCGAGAGCAGCAAGAUUUGUAUUGGCUCCUGAUUAUAAUGGAAACAGGAACAAAUAUGAAUGGCAAAAUGGAUACGGUUCAUUUCCUGAUAGAAGAACUUCAAUCAACAGUGUUCUUGACUGGAUCAUGUCAGAGAUUCCAGGUAAAGACAACUAUCCAGCAACGUUGACCGAUACCACAUUUGGAAAGAGAAUACUAGACCCAAGAGUUCAUAAUGCAACGGAACUUAAUACUGGAUUUUAUCACAGGUACUUUAGACACGAAAGGAAAGGAGCCAUGGGGACAUUCAACGCCCACAGAGGAUAUUCAGAUAGGAAUCUCUUUGUUGCUCAGACAUCACAUCCAAAUGUAGCCGAGAUGAAAAUUAAAUGGUGUGGUAAAGAUGAACACACCCACAAACCUUUCUGUAAAGAAGAAGGAGUAAGAUAUUCAUACGCAAUUCCACUAGAAAUCAUAUACUUGAAUCCUUUGAUGACUUGGAAUCCGUACAAUAUAGAGCACAUUUCCGAUCGCAGAAAAGCAGAUAUAGUAACUAAAAAUGGUAGGAAUGGCGGUCUUACGAAAGACAAAGCCUACAACGGCACAUCAUUUAAUAAGUACUACAGAACUCCGGUCGAGUUUUACCAAACCGCACACACCACAGUCGAUAAAGAUGCUGCAGAUACUGCAAGAGGAACAGUUGGUGUACUUGACAGACAUGGCAACGUUAAAAGGGUCCUAUCGUCAGGAGUUCGUAUUACAUUACCUGAUAUCCCAGGCGUUGGAAAAAUUAGAAUGAGAUACCCAGUCAUGCCAAUAACAAGUGAAGGAAGUCAGAUUGGAAAAGAGGUAGAAGCAGUCAAAGAUGUAUUGAACCACUUGGAAACAAUGGGAGCUUAUCUUCAAGAGAGACCAAGUGCAUUGUCUGGAGGCGGUAAUGCUAAGGCAGAUGCACAUUUCCGUACAUCCGUGACUAACCAAGAUCCACCAGGCCAUCACUUUCAUGAAAUGUUCAUUCCCAACGAGGACAUGCUCGAUCUAAGUAAAGGUCAUACAAUCACCGUUGUGACAACAACAGAUAACUCACAUGACCAUAAAAUUGAAGUAUCUUAUGACCAACAUACACACAAGUACAUUAUUCAUAAAUGCGAUGGUCAGGAUAAAUGUUGGGAUGGCCACACUCCUGAACUAUUCAGGCUUGAAUAGGUAUUUCUAUAAUAUUAUGGCAAUUUGGUAUUAAUUAAAAAAAUCAUCAACUCAA